AUGGAACCCACUGCUCAUAAUCUAAGCGACAUAAGAAAGCGAAUUAGCGAGAUAAUGGCGGAUGUAUCAAAGGAACAACAAGAGCUGGAUGAUAUCAUCCAGUUCAUCAACAGAAUUGAACAAUUGGACCUCGAAAAUAUGUCUGGCAGUGCCUCGAGUGCAAGGAGGAAAAGAUCCAAGGCUCAGGCCAAGUCUGUGAAGGAAGAGAAGGAGGACUACGAGCGCAAACGAGUGAAAAAGGAAGAAAGUCUUGGUCGAAUGUGGCAGAAGAUACAUGAGCUACAGGAACGAGAGAGGGAGUUGGCAAAGUGA